GAGCGAGACACAUGCCUGUUGGCCGGGGGUGUUGGUGAACCAGGCUUGGUCUUGGUACAUCGGAGGGUGGUAAGAAGGUAAGGGAUGAAGCAGUCAGUCAGUCAGUCAGUCGGCGCUCGGCCGCGCGCGCCGUCGACACGAACGUCGACGUGUUGUCCUUCGGCCGAGUCCUCCGCCUCCGCGAUCGUCGACGACAUGCGCUGAUACGACCGAUGCACGAGGAUGUCCAGCGGUAGAAGAGCGGUGCGACCCGUCAGACAGUUGUCCCUGCAACAACCGACACCGCGCCGGCAGCACAUCAGGCGGCAGCGAUCGGCGGAGGACGACAAGUCCCUGCAGAUCUAUGCGAAUCCGAUCGCGCGCGGCAGACUCGCCGGCAAUGGAGCUGAGAAACCCAAGGUGCGAGUCGCGUGGAGCGACGAUCGGCGCGGCUGCGACGGCGAGCUCGAGCAAGUGGAGGUGGUCGCUCGGCAGAUCCCAGGUCGGUCCAGGCAGAGCACAAGCGGCCGAUCCGCCGGCAGGGGUUACGUCGGCGGCGUCGAGAAGGCGUCGAUCCUAUACUCGCGGCAAGAACUCGCCGAGCGGCUGAGGCUCGCCUGGAAGCACCGCGAGGAGAACCGGGCGAACAUCGACAUCUUCUUGGCGCACGGCUUCGCCGUGGAAGAGCGCUGCGACUCCGAGCUGUCGAUGUCCGUCCCGGCGACUCCUCUGCCGAGGAAGGAGCCUGGUCCGAAGAAGAUUCUCGAUUGGGGUACUACUGCGCGAGAGAAGCCGAGGGAUCCUUCCGGGGAAGAUCGAGCACGGGGAAUCGAGCAUGAAGACGAGUCUUCACCAGGUGUCGUGUCUGGAACGAUGAAGAAGAGCGAGGAGAAUGCGGCGAAAGAGGCCAAGAAAGAAGAAGAGGUAGAAGAGCACGUCGCUGACGCAAGCGUCGAGGAGAAGAGGAAAACGCUCAUAAGCAUCGACUGCACGAGUCUGCAUCCUCCAAACCCUUCGGCCACGUCCUCUUCAUCCUUGAAGGCGGACAGCGCGGUCGCAUCCCCGGCGAAGGUCGCAAGCGACGACUUCUCCUCGGCGAAGCAGAAGCGCGCGAGCUUCCACAGCGGUACCAACCGUGCCUUCCUCGUUCCCAUGAUCGAGAAGCCCGCGAGGGCAGCCACGGAAGCGAAUAAAUGUCUUGCGACGGAUAAGAUCGUUCCGGUGAGGUCACCCGAGGCAAAAUGCGCGUCCGCAACGGCCGAUAAGACCGCGACGCCGAAGCAGACGAUGAUGACGACGGAUGCGAGGUCGCCGGUCGCCCCCGACAAGAGCGCCGUCUUAGCGAAGAACUCGGCUAUGAUCGCGCUGGAGAAGGCGAGGAGGACGAACUCCGCGCCGCCACAGAGGCGAGGAGCAGUGGCAGGGAAUGUCACAUCCGGAGCACGCGUGCAGGUGAACAUCGUAAUCGACGCGCCUAGUCUCGCCGAUGCGUCGAGCGACAAGCCGAUUGUUUGCGGGCUGCAGCCCGGCAAGAAUACCGUGGAGAAGAGCGAGGAGAGCUCCGUAAAGAUAUCGCGCGAACGAUCGGUGCGGUCAGCGCCUCUGAAGAGGAGAUCGAGAAGCGCGAAGAAACGCUUCCUAGCGUCUUCAGGAGCGGGCGGCAAGGAUGAGGAGGACGCGAGGGCGCAGGAUCGAUGUGGAGGACGCGCAAGGGCCUACGUAGACUCGAGAACCAGCGAUGUGGUGACGAUGGUAUCGCUGGUCAGUUCGGCCGACAGCGACAGCGACGCGGAGAAUUCGCCGGGCGACGAUAAGCUCAUCAGCGAGCUGCGCAGCAAACUACCCACUACACCGAUCAUUAAGACAUCCAUCAAUCCUAAUCCCGGUGUAACGAGGAAGCCGAUCAAGUCAGUCUCCUUCCAGAGGUACUCGUUCGACGAGGACCCGGCGAAGGAGUUGUUGCAGGCGCCGCAGGCGUCGACGAGGCUGGGAGACGAGAAGUCAAUCGUCGGGAUUCAACCAGCUCGCCUGAACUUCGUCGUCAACGGUUCCGGCGAUGACGCGCCGCUCUGGCGGCAAAACGUUGCCGAGGCUGUGAUACCAUCGUUGGCCGUCCCUGUUCUCUUGACUCAGGACGACGAGGAGACGGUGCCGGAGCCGGCGCCGUUGACCGAUCGCGAGAAGCGAUGCUUGGCGGUGCCGAUCGGCGACUUGCACGACGACAAGAAGCGGAAGCUCUUGCGAACGCGCAGCAUCUCCAGCCGCCCGAUCGUUGCGGAGCAGACGAAUAUCAAUGUGCCGAUGGAGCCAAAGGAACAGAGGCCGACGCAUCUUGUCGCGGGUUUGGUUUCGCCGAUCGACGGUCAGCUUCCGAAAGUCGAACAAUAUGUCAAAGAAAUGCUGCCUGCGAAGGAAAUGCCACCGAGGGAGAUGACGCUGUCGACGGAGCCGCGCUUCCAAACCACCAAGGAAAAAGAAUGCUGGCACCUUUACAGACGAAUGUGCGAUAAGGGUGUGUGCGUGUCCUUCGACACAGUUCUAAGAGGCAUGCUGACACCGACGGAAUAUCGACUGCGACAGAAAGAACUCUCGCAAGAUUUAUCAUAAAAGUCGCGAAUGGAUCGUAAUGGGAACGGAUGAAUCGUAAAGACCAGAUCCACCGAUGCAGAUGAAGCGAAUUGGGUAGUGAACGGCGCCGACGUUAGGCAUUUUGUUAGCGUUGUAGUUGAGCAUACACGGAAAAAGAGGCACAAACCGAACCGAAUUAGAUAGUUCCUACUGAGCUUUAGGCGAAACCUACUGCCCCUUUUUGUCGAUCUUCUUAUUCUCGAAUUGUUUUCCAAUUAUUCCCAGAGGUAUCUCUUUUUUAUUGUUUUUCUACCGAGAGAGUUUGCCAACUUCUUCUCUUUAUACGUCAUUGUACCGCUCAAUAAAAUGACUUGAGUUCUUACCAAAUAAUCCAAAAUUCAAUCACCG